UUGGAAGAGAAUAAGGUCACAAUUGGGAGGUUGGGGGCGAUUCCGCCGCUGGUGAGCUUGCUGGAGAGCGGCGGGUUCCGCGCGAAGAAGGAAGCGUCCACCGCGCUCUACUUCCUCUGCUCGGUGAAGGAGAACAAAAUCAGAGCCGUACAGGUGGGGAUCAUGAAACCGCUGGUGGAAUUGAUGGCGGAUUUCACUUCCCGAGGCGAGGUGCCACCGACGAUGGCGACCGAGGAAGAAUCUGGUGCAAAAUCCCUUGAAAGACAGAGAGGGAUUUGGACUAUGGCGGUGACAAGAGAAUGUUCUUUUCAGAAAAUGCCCUUCCCGACGCCGAUGUGGAUCUUCAAGAAGAUGCCAUUCCCGCCCCCUUCUCCCACCAAGCACAUCCAUGUCGUGCUCCGACGGCGGAAGGAGAAGAAGAAGGUAAAGGCGGACAACGGCGGAGGGGAAGAUAACUAG